ACCAGCAGCCUCAUUUAUUGAGACAGGCAAUUAAUCUUGUGUCGUUAUUGCCAUGGAAGUUGCGCCCGAACUUGUGCAGGAACGCGGCAAAGCAUCCUUUCCUCCCUCGACUUUGACCCAGCUUGUAGACGGAGGAGUGGCUAAAAUGGCAAGGCGGCGAUGGCUUCGCAGUCUGAUUCUAUCUGACCCCAUAUUUAACAAUGAAGACAGCAUUUAUUUGAAUCAUACAGAGCGAUACAAACGUGCAUUGUCAAAAUGCGGACGCCUCGACCAAUUGAUCAACAAGUAUCGGUUGAACGAAGAAGACAGUAUUGUUCUGCGUUCCUGUACCUCGGAGGACCUUCCAACGCUGUUGCACGAUUUAAUGUUCCUGCCGUGUCUCCUCAGUCUUUGUAGCGAAGAGCAACAAGCGUACUGGGUCCCCGCCGCCCGGAGUAAAAAGGUGCUUGGUUGUUACGCCCAGACAGAACUCGGCCACGGCAGCAACAUCCAGGCUUUGCAGACGACUGCCACGUUCGACCCCGCGACUGAUGAGUUCAUCAUGGACACGCCCACGGCGCAGGCGUACAAAUGGUGGCCAGGGACGCUCGGCCGCACCGCCAACACCGCCAUGGUCAUUGCCCGCCUCCUCUUACCCCAGGAGUCCUCUUCCUCGUCCCCUGCCUCGUACAAGGACAUGGGUAUUCACAACUUCAUUGUGCCGUUACGCGACCUGCACACGCACGCAUUGCUUCCCGGUGUCGUCACCCGGGACAUCGGUCCCAAGAUUGCUUUUGCUGGGAUGGAUAAUGGCUGCCUGGAACUGCAUGCGGUACGCAUCCCUCGUGCCAAUCUCGCUCAACGAUUCGUGCGUGUGACGCGCCAGGGCGUUUGGAGCCGCGUGGAGGGAACGCACAGCAAGGCUGCCUACGUGACCAUGAUGCAGGCGGAAGUUGGAGCCCUGAUGGGGAGAGCGCAUGCAGCUUUGGCGGGGCUCAAGUCCCUCUGUACGACCAUUGCUGCGGACGGGAUUGAGGAAUGCCGCAAAUGCUGCGGGGGGCACGGAUACUUGGCGUGCUCCGGCCUUCCAGAACUUUCCGGGAAUUUUCUACAGCAGUGCACGGUGGAAGGAGACAACGUGCUCCUGACGCAACAAACAGUGGGGUACCUCUUGAAGUCCUACAUCAAGUGGAGGACUGGCGGACCGGUCUUGGACGAGGAGUGCCAAUAUUUCGUCACCGCAGCCGAUGGGGCCCACGCAGAAGGUCUCGGAGAGGGGGGGAACGGAGUGCGAGACGAGCCGGCUGUCUUGUCGUUGUUCAGUCGCAGGGCCUUCGCCACGUUGGAGCGCCUCGCCCUCCGGCUCCAAAGCCUGACGGAGGGGGAGGCGUCCUUGAGCCAGGCUGGGGCUUGGAGGAGGGUACUCGUCGAUGUCAUGUUCGUCUCCAGGUCUCAUGCUUUGUACACUGUCUUGAGGCACUUUGCUGCCGGACUGAAGAGCCUGAGAGACGGCAACGACGUGUCGGGGGUGGGAAAGGCAGGGGCAGAUGCCGCCUUCAUCCGUGUGUUGGAACGCUUGUUCUUCCUCUUCGCCUUCUAUCAUCUCAGUAAAGAGGCGGGGGAUUUCUUGGAACUGGGUUUGCUGUCUCCGGAAACGGUGGCAAGGGUGAGGGGGGAGGUGGAAAUACUCUUGGGAGAGGUUCGGCCGGACGCGGUGGCUCUGUGCGAUGGGUGGGAUUGGGACGAUUUCGAGCUGAAAAGUGCCUUGGGCCGGUGGGAUGGUAGGUACGCCGAGGCGCUGUUGGCGUCUGCGAAGAAAGAACCUCUGAACCAUCAAGACCCGGUGGAUGGCUGGGACCGAACGUGGCAACCUCAGUGGAAAGUAGAGGAACAAACGGAACGGGCGCGACUCUAA